AUGGAUGGUGGAACUGACGGUGAAUACUUUCGCAUGUCGGAAAAUGAUGUCGGUCAUAGAUUAGACUACAUACAAUUGAUGGGCAUACGUGUGGCGCAUUUUGUUUCAGUUUUGGAAGCAUUUCUGCAGCGGCAUGGUCAAAACACUUUCAUAAAGCAAGUACGCGAAAUGGAUCGUAUAUUCGAAUGUGCACUAAAUGUAGACGUGGAAAAUGGUCCCCUACGCCAGAAAAUUUUGCGUCGCGGUGUCGUUAUGAUCCUUAUAUUUGUCAGCGUCGAAGCGUUGAAAUUAUUGGUAUAUGUUCUCGCUUCUGGUCGGAACUUCUCUAUAUAUUGGUUAUUCUAUAUGCUGCCUUUUUUAAUUUGUGGAGUGCGUUAUUUUCAAAUAUUUACCGCUAUUAUGAUUGUGCGCCAUCGCUUAGAUAAACUAGUAACGGCCAUUAAUGAACUAAAUCUGUUGAAUAGCAAGCCGAAGCCGGCUGACAGUUCGAAUACAAAUAUAAAAUUCAUAUCACAAGCAUCGACAGUCAACGAAAUAACCGAGUACCUGAAACAUCAGUACGAUAUGGAGAAUACGGACAUGAAGCGUUUGCUCAUCAUACGUGAUCUCUACAAUCGCUUGUGGGAGCUGACGGCCACACUCAACAAAGAUUUUGGCAUUUCAAUAUUGAUUAAUGUGGGUAAUGACUUUAUAUCCAUCACCACGAAUUGUUAUUGGAUUUUUCUGCAAUUCAAUACUUUCUCAGUAUCACUAGAAAAUUUCAUGCAAAUCUCUAGCAACCUCAUCUGGUCUAUAACGCAUCUCUUCAACGUACUAAUGCUAGCAAUGCUCUGUGAGCGAACGGUUCAGCGGACUACGGCAAUUGCUAUGGGCCUACAUCGCAUUGAAACCAAUAUUUGGAACGACAACCAUAACACCGUGAUCGAGCAAUUCUCUUUACAACUCUUACAUCAAAAGUUGGCCUUCUCAGCUGCUGGAUUCUUUGAUAUCAAUUGUUCAUUACUAUAUACAAUCGCUGGCGCUACAACCACAUAUCUGAUAAUACUAAUACAGUUUCACAUGAGCGAUGAUAAAUAA